UUUCCGUCUGCGACGUUACCUAGGAGUCCAGCGGCGCCAGGGCCAGCAGCGAUUGGAAUUUCAAAUGCCUUGGAAAGAGGAAUUAGAAGUUAUAAAGCAGGAUAAAGCUGCCAGAGUCAUUCAGCAGGCCUGGAAAAGUUUCCUUGUUAAAUUUCCACCUGAUAUAUACUAUAAGAUUUUUACUCACAGACCUAUUGAAGAUCUGUGUGCUAACAGCCCUAGAAAUUAUGCAAAACUUCCAGCAAAGCAUAUAUCUCAUAAUAAAAAUGAUCAUCUUCAGGAAGAGGAUCAUAGUGGCUGGUAUCAUCGUGUAGAAAACAAUGGCUGGAGGCCAGUUUCUGAUACAUUUUGGCUAUCUACUGACGGUAUAGUGGUAGAAGACAAAAAGGAAAGUGAAUUCCAUUUCUCUAAACUGAAGAGAAGGCAAGACUUGGAAAAGAAAAGAAAACUUAGAAAAAUAGAGUGGAUGAGGCAAAUGUACUACUCAGGAAGUCUGGAGGCUAAGUCAACACAUCGUGAAACUCUAGGACUAAUUCACACUGCAACAAAGGGGCUGAUUAGAGCUUUUGAAGAUGGUGGCAUAGAUUCUGUGAUGGAAUGGGAAGUGGAUGAAGUGCUGAACUGGACAAACACACUGAACUUUGAUGAAUACAUUGCCAGCUGGAAGGAAAUUGCUACAAGCAACUCUUCGGCUAAUUUCAAAGGAAUCUUCUUUAGGAUCUUAUUCAGAAUUAAAAUGGAAUAUGAAGAAUUUUUAUCUUCUCCAAAUCCUGCUAAUGUCAACACCAUUCUACCCCAAUGGUAAAUCUGAAAUGAAUGACUCAAAGGUAAAACUGCCUCCCAACACCAAGAAAACAAAUGCUCUCAACUACGUUAAAGCUUCUGAUAGGCCUUCUGAGAAGAUAAUCUGGUAUAAAACUAUAAGGUAAAAUAACCAGAAGCAAAGACACUGAAAAGCAUAAAACUUCUUUUUCUACUAGAGAAGAAGAAUGGUUUAAGAAUACAUAGAUAUUAAUUUUUUAAGAUAUUAAUGCAUUUAGGCUUAAAAACGUUUCAUUUUUCACUCACCUCUCCCUCUCAUUCUUUACCAACCACUGCCACCACUACCAUACACACUUAUGAGACAUCGAUUCCUACCUAUUCAAAUUAUAGGCCUACUACACUAUUUCUUCAGAGUUCUGGUCAACUCUCAAGCAGUAUUGAUCAGUCAGACCAUUCAUUCUAGCAAUUCCUGUAUGCAUUGUUAAAAAUUUCAUGAGAAAUAACAGGAACAAAGAUACUAUACUGUAAAACAAUUUACC